AGAUUUGAAAGUUGUUCCUGCAUUCAUGUGGUAAUUUCGGCCAGAAAAACAGGUGGGAAGGAUGAAGCAGUACGCUGGCGAGUAUAAAACGCGCUCACAGAGCCCACAGUGCGCCUGCUGCAAGGAAUCUCGACUUGUAAGCUCUUCCCGAAACCUCCAAGGGAGACCUCCUCGGCACGUUACGGCAGAAGGCACCGUGGCCACCGACGGCAGUGUGCGCCGACCCCCGCCGGGGUUCUCAAGGAAGGCCAUGCCUGUGGCACAGUCAACUCCUCUUCACUCCGAUCAUCACCAAGGUGAUUCGGAGGACGCGUUGAGCAUGCUCAGUCGUGGAAACGGGGGAGACAACUCGGAUAUUCUACAGCGUAUAAACGCGAUACUGGACAACACACUGGACCUCCAUGGCACCAGUGCUAGUCCUGGGAAACUGGUCACUUCUUCAGGUCCAGACAUGCCUACCUCCAGUGCCAGUAACCCAGUACUGACUGACGCUAUGGCAAGUCUCUCACUCUCUGACGUGUCCAGUAACUUGGAGUUCCAGCCCUUUGGCGGAAUGGCGGUCGCCCUGCCUCCUACCCAGGAUGCUUUGCAGGUCCCGUCGUCGGUGAUGACUCCCAUGUCGAUAAUCGACCGCCUUGUUGCGAGCAUGCCGUGUAACCCCACCAUCGGUAAGCAGGCUACUCACCAUGACAGUUACACUAGAGGACUGGACUUUGUUCACUCAUCUGGACCAGACCCCCUGCAGAGCCAGCCGGCGUCCUACUUCACGACCGCGUACGAUCGGCGCCGGAACUACCGACAGAACCAGGAGCGCGACGCACCGUUCCCCCCGCCGUAUGGACUGCCUCACGGGGACCGCGGUGGUUACGUGGACGGCAGGACGGAACAGAACCUGUACCACAACCCUCUGGACAGGAGCUCCUACAGUUACAGUCAGAUGGACAGGGGCAGCUACGAACCUGUGUUUGGAGGAGGCGGAUUCAACCACAUGUACGAUCGCCAUGGUAACUCGCGCUCCCCGAGCCCCAGUGACUCGGACACGAGCGGCGUCAGCAGCAGCACAGGGUCAAUGUCACCUGAGGACACUCUCUCCUCACUUGUGGGAGGUCUGAGCCUGGAUUCUAACCCUCGCAGUCCCAUGCGACGCCAUUUUGACCCACACAUCAGUUUCUAUGGCAACCAGUUGCCCUCCAACGACCUUGACAGUCCGAUCGGUGUGCCCUCCGGGGCCAGUCUCCUGUCGGACCGGCGCUGGGCCGGCGCCAACUGGUUCAACGAUCCGUUCAGGAUCGAACGAGAUGCCAGGAUGUAUCGCAACGCUGCUGCUAUGUGUGAGCCGACCUGUACCUGGAGUGGCCAGCUCCCUGUGAGACAGCACAAGUGUCCCAUCUACUCUCCUAAGGUCUUCUUAGGGGGAGUUCCCUGGGAUAUCACUGAAGUUGGACUCCAGGCUGCCUUUAAACCGUUUGGACCAAUCAAAGUGGAGUGGCCUGGAAAGGACAACAAACACCCGCGCUACCCGCCAAAAGCAGGUUACGUGUACGUGCUGUUCGAGUCAGACAAGGCGGUGAAGGCCCUGCUCCAAGCCUGCACUCAUGACUUCAGCCAUGGAGGGGAGUACUUUUACAAGAUCUCAUCCAGGCGUAUGCGAUGCAAGGAGGUACAGAUCAUACCGUGGGUGACAUCGGACAGUAACUACGUACGCUGUCCGUCCCAGCGACUGGACCCUGGGAAAACCGUGUUUGUUGGGGCGCUGCACGGGAUGCUGAACGCCGAGGGACUCGCCAACAUCAUGAAUGACCUGUUCGGAGGAGUGGUCUACGCUGGGAUUGAUACAGACAAACACAAGUAUCCUAUUGGGUCGGGCAGAGUGACCUUUGGGAACCACAAGAGCUACAUGAAGGCCGUCCAGGCUGCUUUCAUCGAGAUCAAGACUCCCAAGUUCACCAAAAAGGUCCAGGUGGACCCUUAUUUGGAGGACUCCCUGUGCAACACUUGCAACUCCCAGCCAGGGCCGUUCUUCUGCCGCGAGAUGUCGUGUUUCCGCUACUACUGCCGCUCCUGCUGGCAGUGGCACCACUCGCUGGACACCCUGCGCCACCACCGGCCACUCAUGCGCAACAACAAGUCCCGCAGCCGUGACACAGACGACUGACCAAUGAACAUGUAGCAGUUGAGGGGCAUUUGGAAGAGGCCACUUGAUUGGUCAGUCCAAGAAGACCUCUGGCAGCUGAUUGGUGCCUGUUGCUCACCGGGACAUCAGCUGCUCGUUUGGCGGCAACAGAUUCGUCCCGGCACCCACUACAGUUUCAAGAUCAGGGAAAUCAAGAGUGAAGUCAGCAGCUCGUUUGCUGCAUGAUUCUUUGUUGCAGUGCCUUUAUAUUCAAGAUCAAACUAUGAUUAUUUAUUGAUCAGGCAGAGCCUGGAAAGAUCACAUAUGAUUUAUUUAAGAUGGUUUUAUAUCUACCAAAGAUGAUGAUUAUGAUUAUACUUUCAAAUGUAGUGGGUGCAAAUUACUUUGAUACUGCCUCUAGGAACAAUUAGACAUUAGUAAAAUAGUUGCAUUGUGGACUUUUAUAUAGAAGAAGCAAUAAAUGGUCAUUUUGUUGAAGAUUUUUUUUUCUUUUUGGUUGUAAAUUUAAGUUAAAGAUUAUAUUUGAGUUGAUUUAAAAGUUAUAAUAGAUGAGAUUGAAGGUACAUGUGCUCAAAUCUUUACAGUUGAAUGAUAUUAAGUUCAUUUUUGCAACCAUACCAGUAUCCUAGUGAAAAAUAUUUCACCAGUUUUAUACAUUUGCUGUUAAAAAGGAUUUACACUUGUGCUUCUUCAAAAGUUCAGAGUUCAACUGUCAUUUGUUCAAAUUAACUGCUACAGUUUUGCCAUGGAACGUUUUGGAAACUUGAAAAUAGGGCUCUAAGAAAACCACCCAUAGGAUGUUUUUAUGUUGCACUUCAUAGCACUAACAAUAGCUUGGCAGAGCCGUUAGAAUAAUAAGAAGCUUUAAACUUGAUGUUACAUCAACAGAGGUGGACUUCUUACAGUUAAAAGGCUGUUUUAAAGAACUUUGUUUGAAUCCAUUUUGCAAUCUCGCAGGCAAGUCACACAUUUUAGACAACAUGGUCACAUAUUGUUUUUAAAUAGGGGAAAACUAGAUGAUCAAGGUAAAAAACAAAACAAUGAAUAAUGAUGCCAUGAUUUGUGGGUAAAAUAAUUCAGGCUUGUCACAUUUUAGCUGAGCUCAGUUUUCACUCAAACUUAGGGUUAAUCAUUUCUUGAAAGCAAAAGUUUACGACAACACUGCUAAAAAAGAAAUGGAUGUUUUAAACUGGAUUUACCGUAACACCUAAUUUACUUACUGCAAUAAUUCCAAUUUUUUGCAAUAUUUAAGUAAGAUAUUAGAUGAUGAUAUUGUUUUUGUAUAUAUUUGAAUUGUUGCUGGUAAGGCUUAUUUCUAAGUUUUUGGAUAUUUUUGAUGUUUUUGACGUGAUAUGCGGACAGAUUAUUUCGGUAUCGGAACGGCUAUGGAUAUGACUUAUGACUUGGAGUGUCUUCGGACAACUUUGCAUGAAUGUUACGUAUGACUGUGAACUUUUUGAAACUUUGACCAGAGAUAUCAUGAAGGUGACACAAAUUUUGCGUAGAUUGGUUCAAUUCGGCGGAAACGUGCUUAAAGACAAGAAGUAGUUUUAGAAAGCUGGAAGACAUUUUAAGGUUGACUUUAUUAUAAGUAUUUGAGAUUGAAGAGUUUGGAGAAAAGCCCAGGUUUUUGAAUAAGGAUGGCUUAAAGAGAUCUUAGAAAAUUGGCACAAAGUCAGAGCAGAGUAUGUUUAACAUUGCCCUGUUCUUGUUUUUUGACAUUAGCAAAGGGCGUGACAGUUUUUGUUCUACGAACUGGCCUUCAUGUUUAAGUUCCAGUUUAAAACUGAGUGCUCUGCUUUGGCAUUUUUUACUAUUGAGCAUUUAAGAGGUGAAUUUAAGUAACAAAGUUCUGUUGAAGUAAACAACGGUGUUAAAGAAAUGAGAGGUAAUGGUGGAUAGAGAGAUGACACUGCGUUUCCAUGCUUUAUAAGCUGUUUGACUGCACUGUAUGAAUGUUCAAAAAGCAUUGAAAAAUAAAAAAAAGUUGUUCAGCUUUAAUGCA